CACUCGAACUCUUUCCCCUCCCCUUCCCCUCCCCUCCCUCCACCUUCUUCCCAUCCUCCUCCAUCCUCCCUCAUCCCCCCUCAUCCGCCCUCCUUCUCCCGUAUCCCCUCACCCUAAUUACUCAGCUCUUACUGUUUGCCUUAUCAUACAUACCAAUUCGUGCCUCCCAUAAGUAGGGUAGAUAUAGACACAUACACACCUCAACAAACAUCCUACUUUGCCACUUUCUCCUGCCACUACCGUAGCAGCAGCAAACAAGCAAACAAAUAAUGGCUCCGCCACUGGCUCUGCUGGCAGCGGCUCUGCCGCUGCUCUCCUACCUGGAUGCGAAGCACCAGUUGACAUACGAUUACGCGGUGAUCUCCUCGUUUUUGUAUUCCCGCAUCCGGUGUCUGCUCCUGGAGCGCCGCGGGCGAUUGAAUCCCUUCUACGGUCUCGAGAAGCGUGCCCUCUCACCCACCGACUGUGAACGUCUGUUCCUAAUCUACCAAGGCCGCGAAUACUCAUACAAGGAAGCCUACGAAUUAGCGCUCAAGUAUGCUGCCUGGCUGCGUGAACGGUACAACGUCCAGAGGAAUGAGAUCAUCGCGAUUGAUUUUAUGAACAAGCCAGCUAUGAUCUGGAUCUGGUUGGGGUUGUGGGCCUUGGGCGCGAAGCCUGCACUGCUAAAUUACAAUCUUGAGGGGGAUAGGCUCGUGCAUUGUGUCAAGAUAUCGACGGCUAGGCUCAUGUUUGUUGACGUGGAAGUGAAGGGGGUUCUCGAGGGAUCCGAAGGGCAGGAGACGAGGAGGAGGUUGGAGACUGAGGGAGCGAACCGCGAGGUCGUAAUAUUUGAUGAGGCUGCCGAGAGGGUUGUGGAGACCUGGAAAGGCUUUCGCCCGGGGGAUGAGGAGAGGAUCGGGGCUAAGCUUUCUGAAAUGGCCAUGCUAGUCUAUACUAGGCAAAUAUCCACUUCCUCAUUCUCCGGGACAACCGGUAUGCCCAAAGCCGCCAUCGUAUCUUUCCAGAAAACCCACUACGGCUCUGGCUUCGUCAGUGCAUGGGUUGAAUUAAAAAAAUCCGACAGGUUUUACACCUGCAUGCCCUUGUACCAUGCUUCUGCCGCACUUCUUGGCUUCGUCGGUGCUAUGAUGUCCGGUUUCACGCUUGUCCUCGGACAUAGGUUUUCCACAAAAACCUUCUGGCCAGAAGUUCGCAGCAGCCGGGCUACUAUCCUCCAAUAUGUUGGCGAGACAUGUCGUUACCUACUUGCGGCCCCACCUUCCCCGGAUGACAAAGACCACAAUGUGAAAAUUGCUUUCGGCAAUGGCCUAAGACCGGACGUGUGGGUCCGCUUCAAGGAGCGCUUUGGUAUUCCUGCCAUCGCCGAGUUCUACGCCAGCACUGAGGGCACGUCUGGAUCUUGGAAUCUUCAAAGAGGAGAAUGGGGUGUCGGUGCGGUAGGCCGUAGUGGCUCCCUCGUCUCACUACUAUUAGGCAGUGGGGUUAAGAUUGCAAAAAUGGACGCCGGAAACGAAGAGCUCUUCCGUGAUGAGAAUGGUUUCUGCGUUCAAUGCGGUUAUGAUGAGGCUGGUGAGGUUCUUUGGAAGUUGGACCCCAACGAUAUAAAGAAAACCUUUCAGGGUUAUUUCCGGAACCCCAAAGCUAGUGACGAGAAAGUCGUUCGUGACGCAUUCAAAAAGGGUGACGCUUACUUCCGCACGGGUGACCUCCAAAAGCGCACCCGAGACGGACUCUGGUACUUUAUAGACCGCAUCGGCGAUACCUACCGCUGGAAGUCUGAGAACGUCAGUUCCUCAGAAGUGUCUGAAGUCUUUGGCCUGCACCCUUCUAUCGCCGAGGCUAACGUUUACGGCGUGGCCUUGCCAAACCACGACGGCCGUUGCGGAUGCGCUGCUAUCGUCAUAUCGCCUCCUACUAGCGACGACGAGGUUCGCCGGGAAUUAAGUAAGUGGGUCACGAAACUCCCACGAUUCGCUAGGCCAGUUUUCGUUAGGGUAGUCAAGGCACCUGGAGGACUUGAGAAGACGGGGAAUUAUAAGUUUGUUAAAGGAACGUUGAGGGAUGAAGGGGCGGAUCCGGAGAAGGUGGGGGCCUCAGGGGAUGUGCUUUGGUGGUUGAAGGACGGCGAGUAUGUUCCCUUUGGAAGAGGGGAUUGGGAGGGGAUUGUGUGGGGGAGGGUUAAACUGUAGAAAUUUUAGGUGUUUGCUGGGCGGGGCUGUUUGGGUAGUGGGUGAUCUUGGUGUUCCCUGUAUAUUCUUUUUCUCCUUUUUCUAGUUGUAUCUCAGUACUCGAGUAAUCAUGGGUGUGGGGCAUGGGCAGGUCUCAUGUCGUGGAGUGUGAGGAGAAUGGGCAAAAUGUGAGUAGUUAGCUAUCUAGCUAGCUCGCUGCUCAUGAAUAGGACAGGCGUUACGGUG